GGCAUAGAGAGGCGGUGAGGACGGGGACGGUCGCACUGGAGGCUCGGUGUAUCGGUGUAUGGUGAGACACAGGUGAUUUCAGCGUCCACGGUCGCAUCGCACCAGCGGUAUGUUCACUCGAAGGGGUCAUGGAGACGUCAAGAAAUCUACACAGAAAGUUCUGGACCCAAAGAAGGACGUGCUGACCCGGCUCAAGCACCUCCGGUCCCUGCUGGAUAUCAUUGAUAAGAGUGAAUUGAAGGCGUUCUUCGAAAGCAACUGUUCUCAGAUUUAUUUUAUCUUCUAUGAAAAUUUCAUUACACUGGAAAGCAACUUAAAACUAAAAGGGAACAAAUCUCAAAGGGAGGAGCUGGACUCUAUCCUCUUUAUUUUUGAAAAAAUUCUGCAACAUCUACCGGAGAAAAUCUACAACCGAUGGCAGUUUCACAGUAUAGGGUCCAUCCUGAAAAAGCUUCUACACACUGGAAAUUCAUUCAAGAUCCGCUGCGAGGGGAUCCGUCUCUUCCUGCUGUGGCUGCAGGCCCUGCGGGACAACUGUGCUGAGGAGCAGUUCCUUAUCUUUGCCUGUCUGGUGCCAGGAUUCCCUGCUGUGCCCUCCACCAGAGGGCCCUGCACCCUCGACACCAUCAUUUACAACCCCUUCUCCAACCCCCCUGAUGCCAAGGUGGUGCCUGAGGAGAUUACCCCGCUGGUUCCUGCUGUGGUCGGAGAAAAGGCUGCAGAUGACCCGACCUGUUACAUCCUCGAAACCCUGCUCAAGUACAUGGUCAUACAGGCAUCCAGUUUGGAAUGGCGCAACAAAGAGAUCCAGGACACAGGCUUCAGGUUUCUCUUCAGCCUGUUCAAGAAGUACUACCUUCCACACCUAUUCCCCUCCUUCACCAAGCUUACAAAUCUUUACAAGCCUUUAUUAGACCUCCCCCACCACAGACCAAAACCCUUGUAUGUGCCAGUGACGCGAAACAACGAGAGCACCUUCUGCACCAGGGACCAGUACCUGGCACCCCGUGUGGCCUUCAUCACCUGGCUGGUCACCUUCUUCCUGGAGAAGAAGUAUGUCAGCAGUGCUGCUGCGGCGCAGAGCGCCAAGAACGGCACCGAGGUCAUUCCCAAACUCAUCCAGACUGUCACUGCAGGCAGUAGCAGCCAGGAGAAGGAGAAGGAUAAGACAUCAGAUGGGGAUACGAACGGGCCAGCGGGGGAGCCGGAGAAGAACCACUCCAACAGCAGCACGCUGUCAGAUCGACGACACAGCGAUUCCAGUUUGUGUAGCAUCGAGGAGGAGCACCGCUACGUCUAUGACAUGGUGCACGCCAUCCUGCUGUCAACCAGAGACAAUGUGAAUUUUGUCAACGAGGUCUUCCACCAGGCCUUCCUGCUGCCGUCUUGCGAGGCCUCAGCUACCAGGAAGGUGAUCAAAGUGUACAGGAAGUGGAUCCUGCAGGACAAGCCGGGCUUCAUGAUAGAGCCGGAGAAAACCACCCAGGAAGACGAGAUUGAUGACCGCUCUGAACAGAUACUCAGCGCAGAGAUUAACAGCAUUCACGUACAGGCGGUAGAGAGUCUAGGCCACAAGCGUUCGUCCAGCUGGGGGAGGACUUACUCGUUCAGCAGCGCCAUCAAUCGUGGCUUUCUUACUGAGGGGCAGAACAGGGAUGUCAAGGCUGGUAUCCAGCCCACACUACAGGUGUUCCUGACCAACUCAUCCAAUGUUUUCCUGCUGGAGCCAUGCCAAGAUGUAGCUAAACUCCUGGAUAACCAGGUUGAGGUGUGCAAGGGUGUUCUCAGCAUCUACCGGCACAUGAUCAUGGAGCACACGAUGAAUACACAGACAUGGGAGCAGAUGCUGCAGGUACUGCUGAGGAUCACAGAGGCAGUAAUGAAGAGGCCACAGGAAAACCAAAGAAAAGACAACUUCGCCGAAGGCUUAGCAUCUAUACUUUUUAGGACCAUCAUUGUGGCGUGGGUGCGAGCCAACCUGUGCGUAUUUAUCUCCCGGGAGCUAUGGGACGAGCUGCUGGCAGUGCUGUCCUCUCUUACCUGCUGGGAGGAGCUGGUGACAGAGUGGGCCAGCAUCAUGGACUCGCUGACGGCUGUGCUGGCACGCUCCGUUUACGGCCUGGACAUGGCCAACCUGCCUCUGGACAAACUCAGCGAACAGAAGGAGAAGAAGCAGAGAGGACGUGGUGCGAUGCAGGACUCCCAGAAGGCAGCAGCAGUGGCGCGUUCCUUCUCACUGAGUUGGAGGAACCAAGGGGAGCAGGGCGGGCAAGGAGUUCAGGAGCCCAUGAGGAUUCGCUCCGCCACUACAUCAGGAGCUCCUGGUGUAGAGAAAGCCCGUAACAACGUCCGACAGAAGGCCUCCGAUGUGGAGGAGUGUCAGCUGUCAGAAUGUGGGGGAGAGGAGGAGCUGGGAGGCGGGGAUAGCCCUCUGCCACGUAGCAGUAGCACCUCCGACAUCACCCAACAGCUGUCUGACACUUUACCAGCCCAGAAAAGAGAGCACUCCCCGACUUCCUGUGGCUCUGAUAGCAGGACAUCUGAGGGGAGGAGAGAGAGCAGUGAACCACCAGUGAUCCACAUCCGGCGGAGCAGCAGUCCAACUGAAACUGAGUGCAGUGCCGAGGGACAGACAAACUGCACAAGAACCAAGCUCAGAGAGAAAAGUGAGAGUAUCAGCAGCGAGACAUCCAACGGCUACCUCAAUGAAGCUGAGGUUACCUGGCAGGCCUUUGAUGAGGAAGCUGACACUCAGUCCACACAGUCAGCCCACAUGGACGUGACUACCGACCCCCAGAGCCAGGGGAGUCUGCUGCUCAGCCAUAAUGAGGCUCUAGCAGGUCCCGAGUGUGCCCUCCCUCCCCACUCUGCACCCCUGUCCUACCACCAACACAACCACUACCACUACCCCCAGAACUCGCCCGCCUCACCAGCCCUGCUGGUGCACACAGAGUGCCCGCGGGACUGCCCCCUGGACAACACCAUGCAUCAGUCUGUCUUACACAUGCCACAACACCUGGACAGUAGUGAGUGUCUGGCUGAUGAUGUCAGCAUAAUUGCGGGCGGGACCUUGACUGGUUGGCAUGCUGAUUCGGCCUUCGUCCUGUGGAGGAGGAUUUUGGGUAUCCUGGGAGAUGUCAACAGCAUCCGCUGUCCAAAAAUCCACGCCAAGGUCUUCUCCUGUCUUUAUGAGCUUUGGCACAAGCUGGCCAAGAUCCGGGACAAUCUCGGGAUCAGUGUGGACAACCAGUCUUCUCCCCCCCAGCCCGCCUUCAUCCCUCCUCUACGAAUGCUGGCCUCCUGGCUCUUUAGGGCCACCAUGCUGCCACCUGAGUACAAGGCCGGCAAACUACAGGCCUACAAGCUGAUCUGUGAGAUGAUGACCAGGCACCAGGAUGUGCUCCCCAACAGUGAUUUCUUGGUGCACCUCUACCACAUCAUGCAUAAGGGCAUCACCAGCAACGACCAGGAUGUUUUGAACACCAUCAUCCGUUCCUGCUCUCCUCGUUUCUUCUUCCUCGGCCUGCCGGGCUUCACCAUGCUUGUUGGAGAUUUCAUCACUGCUGCUGCCUGCGUUCUCAGCUCUGGCUCCGCAGAGGCUCCGAGGAUGGAGGCUCAGACGAUCCUGGGCUCCCUUGUGUGUUUCCCCAACCUUUACCUACAGAUUCCUGUACUGCAGCGUGUGCCUGGCUCUGACGACAUCAGCAUAAGCGAUGAGAAUAUCAAGGAUUAUCUGGUCAACAUCUUGCUAGAGACGGCAACAAAGGAACACUGUGAAGGGUCCAGGUGCAUUGCUGUGUGCAGUCUGGGUCUGUGGGUGUGUGAGGAGCUGAUGCAGAAGAACAUCCACCACCAGGUCAAAGAUGCCAUCAAUGUUCUGGGAGUAACACUAAAGUUUGGGAACAAAGCCGUGGCUCAAGUGGCCUGUGACGUGUUUCAGCUGCUCAUCUCUCACUGGGAACAUCUCCAGAGGUUGGAGCCCACUCUGCCCAAAAAAAUCAUUGAGAUCUUUGUGGCCACAAUAGCCUUUUUGUUGCCGAGCGCAGAGCACUCAACAGUGGAAGCAGACAAAAAGUUGAUGGUGUCACUGCUGCUCUGCCUGUUGGACUGGUGCAUGGCCGUUCCCCUGAGUCUGCUGCUGGAACCUAUCACCAUGCCUUCGAUCGAGGACCGCACAUCCCACAAGGCCCCGCUGUUGGACUACAUCUACAGGGUGCUGCACUGCUGUGUGUCCGGCUCCAACCUGCACACCCAACAGAGCCACUACCUCCUCAGCCUGUCAGACUUGUCCAGCGACUAUGACCUCAUGUUGGGUCAGGUAAAGAGCUUCGAUCCGCCACCCUCCCAGACCAACAGCAGCGACUUCGGCAACCUGCUCACCGUAGCCGAGGAAAAGCGGCGUCGGAACAUGGAGUUGAUUCCCCUGACGGCAAGGAUGGUCAUGACACACCUAGUGAACCACCUGGGCCACCAUCCACUCAGCGGCGGCCCCGCGCUUCUCCAUAGCCUCGUGAGCGAGAACCACGACAACCCGUAUGUGGAGUCGUCCGAGCUGUCGUCCGAGGUCUUCAAAAGCCCCAACCUGCAGCUUUUUGUCUUCAAUGACAGCACGCUGGUGUCCUACCUGCAGAUCCCCGCCGAGACCCCCACGGUCGGACAGCCGCCCCAACCGUCCUCCCAAGUCCGCGUCAUCGUCCGGGACAUCUCGGGCAAAUACUCGUGGGAUGGCGCAAUCCUCUACUGCACCACCCAGGAAGACUCUGUUGAUGCGGGCGUUUUUAAUGCAGUUGAUCGCCCUCUCUCCACUACCACUACUGACUCUCACAGCGGAAACCAACCCAACUCUCCAACAAAGGGGCAGUACAAAAAUCACUGCUCCGUCUCGGACUCCCUUUCUGACUGCUGUGAGGAGGAGGAGGCAGAUAUUUUGGAUAUGCUUUUGGAGAACUUGGGCCACAGCAGCCCAGAAUGCCUGCCCCAGCCACAGCUCAGGCUCAACCAGCCGGCCCCCUCACCCCAUGGCAUGAACAUAGAGCAGGAGAGCGCCAUCCUGGAGGCCAUUCUGCGUCAGACUCAUCAGGAGGAAGAGCAAGUGAGGAGGUGGGAUGCUGAUGUCAGCUUUCGGGCUGCCUGCCAGAGGGAACCCUCCCACCAGGAACCAAAAGCUCCUUUCUACUUCUGCCGGCUGCUGCUCAAUGACCUCGGCAUGAACUCUUGGGACCGCAGGAAAAGUUUCCAUUUGUUGAAGAAAAACUCCAAACUCUUAAGGGAACUGAAGAACUUGGAUUCCAGGCAGUGCCGAGAGACACACAAGAUUGCUGUGUUCUACAUUGGAGAGGGCCAAGAGGACAAGUGCUCCAUCUUGUCUAACAGCGCAGGCAGCCAGGCCUAUGAGGACUUUGUGUCUGGACUGGGAUGGGAGGUGGACCUGGCCACACACUGUGGCUUUAUGGGCGGCCUCCAGAGGAAUGGCAGCACGGGUCUAACAGCUCCUUACUAUGCUACCUCCACUGUGGAAACCAUCUUCCACGUCUCCACUCGCAUGCCAUCUGAUUCUGAUGACUCCCUCACCAAAAAGCUGCGUCACCUGGGAAAUGACGAGGUGCACAUAGUGUGGUCGGAGCACAGCAGGGACUACCGACGUGGCAUCAUCCCAACUGAUUUUGGAGACGUGCUGAUUAUCAUCUACCCAAUGAAGAACCACAUGUAUUUCAUCCAGAUCAUGAAGAAACCACAGGUUCCUUUCUUCGGGCCGCUGUUUAACGGCGCCAUCAUCACUGGGACGCUGCUGCCAAGCUUGGUGCGGGCCACCUGUAUCAAUGCCAGCAGAGCUGUCAAGUCCCGGCUGACUCUCUACCAGAGCUUCUAUGAGGAGCGGGCGCUCUACCUGGAGGCCAUUGUUCAGAACCACAGAGAGGUCAUGACCUUUGAAGACUUUGCCUCACAGGUCUUCUCUCCGUCUCCUGGCUAUCCAAUGAGUGGGACAGGCUCCUUCACCGGCAGCGCGAGCACAGACACCGGAAGCACCGCGGCAACGACGGACUCUGUCGACCAGGUUUCUCCCACAAUGCCCCGUGCCACAAAGAACCGAGUUUCCGGAAAACUCCGCCGAUCAGCCAGCGCUAUAAGCAAAUCCUCCAACUGAGCUCUUCAACCCCUCCACCCCCCACCCCCUGAGUGCAGCCUUUAAUCUUUCCUCGAAGAACCUCAAACACCCAGCCGUGACUGCAAGAAUUGUUUCCUUUUUUGGGGCGAGUUCUUUGUUUUAUUUUGUGUCAUAUGAACAUGUAACUGGAGCAUAUUGCAAUUUUUUUAAUUUAAGUGGCAAUCAUUGAUUUCGUUGAUACAUUUCCAUUUGAUGUGGUGUUUAACUGCUCAAUCGAGAUGGACAUGUGACUAAGCUAUUUAUGUUCACCCUGGUGGUUUCAGCUUAAGGAUCAGCAGCAUAGGAAGACAUGGGAGUCUUUAAGCAACCUGUGAUAACAAUGUCAUUUUUAUUCUCAUUCACUAGUGCAGUCUGGAUGCACUAGAGAAAAAAAGUUCUUACUACAGUAAAGGAUUAGGAGCCUGCUUCACUUUGUUUCUGUAUCUCAUCUAUCUCAACACUUAAUGCGAUAGAGCACUGAAUGACACAGCUGUAAAUGGCACCAUGCUGAAACUGCACAAAAGAUUGGUAUCCAUCUAUAAAUGUGUCUGCCUUCUUACCUCCUCCUGCACCUGCCACAACCUUUCUGUGUCAAAGAUAACCACUUCCGUUGGUGACUGGAUGAUGUCGUUGUCCUGCUCGUUAGCACCAGUUGGACUAUGUUCGUGGACCAUUUCCCUACACUGAAAAAGGAGAAAACACUGAUGCAUGGGGAAUACGUCCCAAGAACGAUUUGUACUCACUGCACUACUACACAGACUUCCUGGGCACGGAGUCCCUGCAGUACGAGCAGUCAGAGGCUUUUUUAAUUGUUUCGAACCCAGAGUGGACAAUCAAUGACGUCUUUCUAACUUGAGCUGAAAAGAAAUUUGUUUUUGAUUUUUUCCUUUUUUUUUAUCACUCUAAUUUUCCUUUUUAAAUGAAUUCCGAUGGAUUGUGUCAUGAUUUGAUUUAUGCAACUCUGCAGGAAUGAGGAAAGACUGCGUUUGUAAUUGUUUUCUGAUGUCGUUAACAUAGGCUCAUGUCCGGUAAUUGAAUAAGUUCCUCCUGUCUCUUUCCUCUGCUAUCAGUUUCCCUGUCCUGUGAAGCUUAAGACAUCGACAUUCCAACGUUCCCCGACCAACGUUUUUUUGCACUCACUGUCAUUGAUUUAACUAGCAUUGAAUGUUUCUCUUUGUGUUCUUGGAUGUAAAUUGCUUUAAAUUGUAUUUGUCUGUUGCUGGAUGUACAUAGAAAGGACUAUCUGAUGAGUUAUUUUGGCUGUUCUGUUUUAUUAUGUAUUCAUGUGGUGUUUAGAGGAAAAAUACCGCCAGAGCCUCAGGUGAAUCUUACCUCCAUGCACUGGUGUGUGUGUGUGUGUGUGUGUGUGUGUGUGUGUGUGUGUGUGUGUGUGUGUGUGUGUGUGUGUGUGUGUGUGUGUGUGUGUGUGUGUGUGUGUGUGUGUGUGUGUGUGUGUGUGUGUGUGUGUGUGUGUGUGUGUGUGUGUGUGUGUGUAUGUGUGUGUAUGUGUGUGUUAUGUAUGUGUGUGUGAGAGUCUCAGAGAGAGCUUCUCACAGUGCCUGUGUAAUGUCUGUCCUGUAAGAUGCUGUCCAACACCACCUCUCCCCCCCAUAAUCAGAUUUUAGUUUCUCCUCUUCAUAGUCUGAGACAAACCAUGGACACCCUGCGUCACAUCUCCCCUUUAGCAGCGUUAACUCAACGUUUUUUUUCAUGUCCUGUGUGUCUAAAGGUCACUGUCUUGUGCUUCCGACAACAAAAACAACAGCGAAUUCAUUGGGAAUUGAGGGUUUCUCUGUUUAGUCUUUAUUACAGGUGGCGUAGUGCUCUGUCUUUAUCUGUGAAUGGAUCAAGUUGCACCAACUCCUCCUCCUCUUUCCCAUGAUCCUCUCCCCAUGUCGCCUCCUGAGGCCUAAGGAGGGGGUGGCUGUUCUGGGUUUAGGUGGCAUGCCAGAGCUGAACUCCCAACAGCCCUCCUAGCAACAGCCAGGCCCGACGCUCUCACUUCUCCAACCUGCCCAUUGGGGUUGUCAUGGUAGCCAGGUGUUCCCACACACACACAAACACACACUGUACACUCACACCCUCUGAGGGCUCCACCCAAGCUGCAACACUAUCCCCAUCUGUUGCACUACUAUGCCUUACUUUCCCCCAUGCUCUCCUGUCAUUUUUCUCUCUUCCCUCACAUGUCGCCUCCUUUUGUUGGUUUAUUCCCCGAGCAGAAAAAUGGGGAAUCCAAACAGCAGGAGCAUGGACGGAUCAAUUUAUUUGUGCUUUUGUUUUUUUGAAGAAUGUAUAGAUAUAUAGGCCUGGAUCACAUCUAUGGUUUUUAUUUCCCCCCCCAAAGCCACUUGAAGGAAUGCUGAUCUUAAAGAUUGUAGAUUAUAGAUGAUGUACGUUAAAAGGGGUCUGUGCUCCCCCUUUGGUGGCUUAGACGCUGGAGAUGUUAGUUUGGACCAGGAUAAGGAUUGUGUGUCUUAAAUACGUGAAGAUAAUGAGCUAGUGUUAGGCCUAGUAUGUUUUUUUUUCUUUUCUUCUCGUUUCAGAAAUCCUUGUACAUUGUGUCAAAUUUGAGGGUUUGAGCGCCCUCUGAAUAUAAAUAUAUUAAUGCCUGUAUUAUAAUCUUUGUAUAAGAGAAAGAGGAAAAAAAAAGCUUGAAGAUUUCAUCCUUGUCAACAUAUCAAACUGUUUUUAACGACCGAAGUCCUGCUAUCUUUAUUAGAAAUGUGAAAAUUGAAACAUUUCAUUAAAUCAA